AUGAGCUCCGCGCCCGCGCCCGCCCGGGAGCCGCCCCGCUACCUCAGCACGUUGCCUUGGCUGCAGUACACGCUGUUCCCAGCCGCCGCGCAGGUGAGCCAACAGAUCAAAGCAGAGGCUGAGGCCAUUGAGAAGGAGCUGCUGGAGGAUUAUCGGUUCGGGAGGCAGCAGCUGAUCGAGAUCUGGGGACACGCCUGUGCCAUGGCUGUCACCAAGGCCUUCCCUCUGCCCUCCCUGCCACGGAAGCAGCCCACGGUGCUGGUGGUGUGUGGCCCUGCACAGAAUGGGGCCAUCGGGCUGGUGUGUGCCAGGCACCUGCGGAUCUUUGACUAUGAGCCCACCAUCUUCUACCCCAAACGCUCCCCAGACCCCCUGUACCGCGAUUUCACCACGCAGUGUGAGAAGAUGGACAUCCCCUUCCUCUCCUACCUCCCCACCGAGGUUCAGCUCAUCAAUGACGCCUACAACGCCGUGGUGGAUGCGGUGCUGGGAGCCGAGGCGGAGGCGGCCGAGGGGAGAGAGCCCUGCGCUGCCAUCCUGGCCACCCUCAAGCACGUCCGCAUCCCCAUCGUCAGCCUGGAUGUGCCCUCAGGGUGGGACGUGGAAGCCGGGAGCAGCGGUGGGAUCAGCCCCGACGUCCUGGUCUCGCUGUCGGCGCCCAAACAGUGCGCCCGGCGCUUCCUGGGCCGUCAGCACUUCGUGGCCGGACGGUUCCUCCCCUACGACGUGCAGAAGAAGUUCGAGCUCAACCCACCCGAGUACCCCGGCACCGAGUGUGUGGUGGCCCUGCGAGCCCCCCGGCAAUAA